AUGACAAUGGAGGACAGAAGCAGCCGCACCGGCGGCAGAGAAAGGCUGGGACUUGGCCUCACUAUCGACGACCUUCUGUUCAAUAAAGGAGUCAAAGGUUCGAAAGAAGAAGCGACAGGAAGUCACACAGCAGAGCAGACAGCGAACAACCCGCUGCUCAGUGGGUCCUGCAACCCAAGGUUGUCAGAGGCAGAGACUGAAGAAAGGAAAGUCAAAGAAGAGGAGGGGGAUGUCGAGCAACAAGAGGAGGGGGAGGAGGAGGAAAUGACCACCACCACGGAGAAGCCCGCGGACAAACCCAACCAGUCGUACGUCGCACUCAUCUCCAAAGCGAUCCUGGGGUCGGAGCAGAAGAAGCUGCUGCUAUGUGACAUCUACCAGUGGAUCAUGGACCACUACCCUUACUUCAAGAGGAAGGAUAAAAACUGGAGGAACAGCGUGCGCCACAACUUGUCCCUGAACGGUUGCUUCAUCAAAGCAGGCCGCAGUGACGGGUAAAGGCAACUUCUGGGCGAUUCACUCAACCAACUACCAGGACUUUUCUAACGGGGACUCCCAAUGUCGGAGGGCGCGGCGGAGAGGA